AGUUUGAAGCAAUCUAUUUAAAAACACUAAAAUGAAAGGCAUGCAGCUAACCAUGACACUUUUUAUAUAUAUAUAUAUAGUGAUUACUGAACAGACAAAUGCAUGUGAUAAAAGGUAUUCUUUCGGGGGCGGUUUUUCCAUCAGUUGAGUUGAGAUAGACUACCCCUGCCACAGUGCGUUAUUAGUGGAUAAAUUUCUUGUCGAUUUGUGUAUAAUUAAUCGUAAACGUCAUGUGUGGCCUCGCGAACCCCAUGCUCCAUUAUUCAUUUUGAUAGCCUUAGCCUUGCGAUUCCAUUUUGCCCUUUUGAUAUAUGUAACUAUUGUCACCCUAUCCAAUCCAUUGAGUGCUCAAAUCACACGCAUCCAUAUCUUUUUGUUUAAUCUAUAUGUUUGUAUGCAACCCAACUCAACCAUAUAAAAAAGACAGGGGGUUGCCUUGCUUUGCUUUGGAGAGACCCUCCAUACCAUUUUAAUCUUCUUCUGUUUCCAUUUCUCUACUCUUCCCUUGUUCUUAAUUAGCUAAGCCAGCUAGCUAGCUAUGGAAAUGAAGACCAGGACUAUUGCAAGUGUUUUGAUCUCUGUUCUAGUUGUGUGCAGCUUGUCUUGUGCAGCAGAGCUACUACGACGAUUCCAGCACGCACCCAAAGCCGAUGGAUCUCUUAGCUUUUUGGUUCUUGGAGAUUGGGGAAGAAGAGGAGCCUUCAAUCAAUCUCAAGUUGCUCUUCAGAUGGGAAUAAUUGGUGAGAAGUUGGAUAUUGAUUUUGUAAUAUCCACGGGGGAUAAUUUUUACGAUAAUGGAUUGACGGGCAUCGACGAUCCAAAUUUCGAAGACUCAUUUACCAAAAUCUACACAGCACCGAGCCUGCAGAAGCAAUGGUACAAUGUUCUGGGUAAUCAUGAUUAUAGAGGUGAUGUUGAAGCACAACUGAGUCCUGUUCUCAGAGAAUUGGAUGCCAAAUGGCUUUGCUUGAGAUCCUUCAUAGUUGAUACCGAAAUUGCAGAGCUUUUCUUUGUGGAUACAACUCCCUUUGUUGAUAAAUAUUUCACUCAUCCAGAGGACGCUGUCUAUGACUGGAGUGGCAUAUUACCCCGAAAUCAUUACUUAUCAAAUCUCCUCAACGAUUUGGAUUCAGCAUUAAAAGAAUCUACUGCAAAGUGGAAGAUCGUCAUUGGCCACCACACGAUUAGAAGCGCUGGAUAUCAUGGUGAAACAAAGGAGCUUGUAACACAGCUUCUCCCAAUUCUUCUGGAGAAUAAUGUUGAUCUUUACAUGAAUGGGCACGACCAUUGCUUAGAACAUAUAAGUAGUCCCGACAGCCCACUUCAGUUUGUAACAAGUGGUGGUGGGUCAAAGGCAUGGAAGGGUGAAGCUAGUCUGUACAAUCCAAGCGAAAUGAAAUUGUAUUACGAUGGGCAGGGUUUCAUGUCAGUGCAAAUCACUGAAAGACAAGUGGAUAUUGCCUUCUAUGAUAUUUUUGGCAAUGUCCUGCAUAAAUGGGCCACGUCAAACCAGCUUUACCCUACCAUCACCAUGUAACGCAGACCAGGACGAGGACGAGGACGGGGACAAGGAGGAGGAGAGCGUCGACUCGACAUGCACCUGCAUUGGCCAUGUCUAAGAUUAAUUCCUGUCAAAUUAUUAAGUAAUGCUAAGCGCUAAUUAGCCUACUACAACAUAAAUUGUUGAAUUAUAAGUGCUUGAGUUGAUUUCAGGAUUAAGAGUUUUUGUUUUCUGCUUAUUUGUAUUUCUUUAUACUUAGUCCAGGUGUCAUAGCUUGAUUGGUUAGAUAGUGAAUGGCUGAGAUUGCUUUGAUGAAAUGCAUCCAGCUGGUACUGUGCAUAACGGUUAUUUCUCCUCACACUAAGAGUGAGUUGUAGUACAAAAAAAAUCUAAGCUAAUGAGAAUGUUCUCUCUGCUACACGUAUAGCAGAGCAGUUUUGGAUUUC